AUGGUAGUUGCCAACAAGCAAGGCCGCGCCGUUCGACUGGAGCCAGGCACAGCUUUUAGCACAGGCCAGCGUCUGGACCAACCAGACAACCUGACAAACGAAACUCUGCAGGAUCUCCAGAUCCCGAUCCAAGAUCCAGCUGUGGUGGAAGCGGCAGCGCAUGCGGACGACGUGGAGGCCGCCUACCAACAAGCAGCUGCGAUUCCCCCAGUGCCCGUCCUGGAGGAAUUCGAAGAGGACGACAGGGUCAACGAGUCGGGCGAACACAAGCUCCAUUGCGGUGACGGGGAAAGAACCGAAAAUGGCCACCGCUGCGGCGCCGACACGGACGAGGUCAACAUCGAGCACGAGGCGCUGGAAUUCGUUGCUGGCCUCGUGGCAGCCAAGUGCAAGCACCUCGAUCCAAGCAUGGGAUUGUCGACCCGAGAAACACCACCCAGCUGUGUGCCAGACAGCUGGAUACGCACGAUUAGUCGGGGUGGCCUGGUGGUACCGUCGCCGGCCUGGAUGAACGUUGUCGAGGCUUUCGAGGUCGUUUUCCAGCUAGUGAUGGGCCGAGACAUUGGUAUUGUCGAUCGUCUCACUAAGCUUCUGCUGAAAAAGUUUUCUGCGUUGGACAAGCGGAUCGCACGGAAGCUGGUGACGACGCGCAUCCAUCUCCGCCUCAGAUGGCUCAAUCAAGCUAGGGCUGAGCGGGCAGCUGCCAGGCGCGCAGCCAAACAAGUGCGACAGCACGUGGACAGCACGAUGUGAGCAUCGUUGUGCUUACGUGAACAUACGUUGGUGAGUUUGAAUGAGCAUCGUUGUGCCUUCUUUUUUUGGUUUGUAUGCUUGUGUGUCCGAGACAUA